UUUUGAUGCAGUUACAUGAAAACCAUAAUACCGGCCAAGAAUUAAAUUUAGUCUAUUUAUAUCACGUCUACUCCUCGAAAAACAGAGACGUGCACAUAAUUAUAAUUAAUUUAGUUAUUUAAAAGUGCACGUUACGUAAUUAUAGUCGCAAAAUGACAAUUCGGACAAAUUUGAAAGUCUUAAUCGGCGGGGGCACUGGCUUCGUAGGUAAGCGUUUGGGUGAACUGAUUUCAAAACACGGGUAUGAUGUGACGAACGUCUCUCGAAUGCCGGGCAGAAACAACAUAUGCUGGUCUGAUAUAGCGUUGAGAGGCUUGCCUGACAACACGCACGCUGUGGUCAAUCUUGCGGGGCAACAGUUUAUGGACUUCACCAAGGCCUGGACGCCUGGAUUUAAACAAAAUGUCCAGAAUUCUCGAGUUUUCACUACCAAAUCAUUAGUAGAAGCCAUAAACAAGGCACAAGCUAAGCCUAAGGUAUUGGUUGUGGUCACUGGUGUUGGUGCAUAUGAGCCGUCGGAGACUAACAAGUAUGAUGAAAGUAGCACUGUCACUGGAUCAGACUUCUUCUCCAGAUUAACUAUAGAAUGGGAGGGAGCAGCCAGUAAAGUAGACCCAUCAGUUAGACUUGUUAUAAUAAGAUCCGGUGUAGUGAUUGGCCGAGAAGGCGGAAUGAUAAAGAACAUGAUCCUGCCAUUCUUCCUAGGAUUAGGUGGGCGUAUUGGUUCCGGCAAGCAAUUCCUGCCUUGGAUACAUGUGGACGAUCUUACGGGAAUCAUCAAAUUCGCGUUAGAAAAUGAAAAAGUUGUUGGAAUACUAAAUGGUGUAUCUCCUCACAUUGUAACUAAUCAGGAUUUUACAGUGUCUUUUGCCAAAGCUCUCAACCGACCAGCUUUCUUUCCUGUACCAGAGACAAUUCUAAAUGUUCUACUCAACCCUGAGAGAGCCAUGCUACUGACCAAAGGACAACACGUUACGCCUAAACGAGUCAUGGAAUUCGGAUAUUCUUACCAGUACCCCAACUUAGAUGACGCAUGCAAGGACGUCGCGCAUUUGUUUCCAAAGAAAACUGCGAAUUGAGGAAACUUGCUCUUGAUAUCUCAAUAGACCAGCGCACUGUACAUUGCCGGAAAUUAUAUGCCUGGGCAUUGAACCCUCAAGAACUAUGAUGCUGAUCAAGGGACAAUACUUAGUAUCUACUACGAGUAUAAAUAAUGAAAGUACGGAUACUCGUAAAAAUACAGGCACACCAAGAAUUCAUCUAGAUUAUCUACAAGUAAGAAUGCCACAUAACUAUUUCAGUCGGACGAAGAUGUAAAUAACCUAUCUAAAAUGUACCUGUUCAUUUGUUAAUAGCAAUAUCAAGGUACUAAUCUCGUAAAGUUUUACAGGCGUAUUCUAAUUUUAUUUAUAGGAUAUGAAUUCGAUGUGGAUUAGAUGGGGGAUCGGGUCUCUCAAUGUCAAAAGUGACAUUUAUUCAAACAUUAACGUCUCUUUUGACUGAUACGCCUGUUAUGAGUGUUGUGCACAGGUGUUACGUUAGACUGUAAAGUCUAUUUCAAUGGAUUUUUUAUGGUCACAAACUAGAUUCAAACUCAAUUAGCAAAGAUUUUGUACGGGUGUCGGAUCUUUACGACUCUUACGAGUAAGGUGUAUUCGGGUAAUACCGAAUGUCGGAUAAUUCCGAAAUACAGAUGAAAAACACCCUUAAUGCCAUCAUAAUAAAAGUCUCUUUUCGGAAUUAUCCGACAGUUUUCGACAUUCGGAAUUACCCGAGUAAACCUUAAUGUUUUUAAUAUACUCUGUCAAGCCACUUGAGUCAGUAGAAAAGAGCGGCAAAUUAAAAAAAAAUGUAGGGCCGAAGCGAAGAGUUAUCGUCUCAUAGAAAAUUUGAAUUUCGCGCCUUAUUCUACUGACAAACUUGUUCGACGGGCUAUACCUAUCAUUUAUUUGCAUUUGUUUCUUAAUACGUAAGUCAUCUCAUCUAGAAUGCCAUUUAUUAUGCUAGCCAUCAUUACAAAAUGAAAAACUUUAGGGAAUACCCACCAGUGGCCCAUUUUAUAAAGCUACAAGUUACAAUUUACAAGCGGAAGUCUCUUUCUAACCCUAUGUGUUAGAACGAGACUUCCGCCUGUAAAUUGUAACUUGUAGCUUUAUAAAAUAGGCCACAGUAGGUACUGCCAGUGUAAUAAAUAUUGGCACGGAUGGAAAGUGACAGAAAUAUGUAAACGUGUAGUGUGUACAUAUUUUUGCUACUUUUUUAGUGUCGAAAGUAGUAUUCGUAACUUGACUGUAUAAACAAAAACAUUUUGACUAAGGGGCU